AUGGCUACCAGUGAGCUGGAUCAAUUUCUGGAAGCUGUUGAUGAGAAUGUAUUAGAGUCUGGAAAAACAGAAAGAGAUCAGACAAAAUGUAGUGUUUGUGAAAAGGAAGAACAGGUAAAAUACUACUGCCAGGAUUGCAGACAGUACUUGUGCUCUACUUGUAGUGAUCAACAUAAGAAGUACAGACUCUUUGCCAAUCACAGGUUACAUUUAAUAGAGGAUGUGCAAUCAAUGAGCCCCUCUCAGAUGACUUUGUUACAUCCACCUCUGUGUUCACAUCACAAUAAACCUUUGGAGUUCUACUGCACAGAUUGUGAAACUCCAAUCUGUGUGAAUUAUACAAUUAUGGACCACAAGCAAUGGGAAGGGAAACACAAAUCAAUGAGCAUUCAAACAUUUGAAGAAGUGUCAGCCAACUUCAAACAGUCAGUAGAGCAUAAUGUUGAGGUAUUGCAUAUGAAAAUGGGAAAUAACGAUGUCGGAUGCACUGAGAAUGAAGACUUGCAAAAGCAAGUGGUGAAGCUUAAGUCAUUGUUGACUACCAAACGAGAACAGGUUGCAACUCUGCGUAACAUGGUGAAAGCAAGUAAAACCACUGCUGAAGUUGCAUUGUCAAAUCUCAAGAGUAAGUACCAAAGUGAGAAGCAAAUUAUUGCAGAAACGAUGAUGAAACUAAGAGGAGAGUUGAAGGCUCUUAAGGAGGACGCUGCAACGUUCACCACUCUACGUGCUUUGUUUGCCAGCCGCUGCGAUGAGUAUGUCACCCAGGUAGAUGAAUACCAACGACAGCUACUCUCAGCUGAGGAAGAGAAGAGGACAUUGAACUCGUUGCUCCGGAUGGCAAUCCAGCAAAAACUAGCAAUGACUCAGCGCUUGGAGGAUUUAGAGUUCCGCAAUGAGACACAGACUGUCCGCAAACAGACAUUGGCUUCAACAUCACGUAAACAUUGGUUUUCCAAAGUGAGUUCUCCUAAAUCUUUAUGUCCAUUACCAACAAAACCACCACCUAUCAAAACUGAUUUUGUUUCCAAACCACCUCCAUCUAAAAUACGCCAAGACAAAUCGUUGAGAGAAUAUAAAUUUAUAUUUAGUAUUUAA